AUGUCGUUUGGAGGGGGAUUCGGAGGCUUCGGCCAGAAUAACAAUACUCAGCAAAGCGCUUUUGGAGGUAGCGGCGGAUUUGGAGCGAAUAACACCCCUCCCACUUCAGGCUUUGGAUCAACUGCGACCACAGGUUUCGGAGCUUCAAACACUGGCGGUCUCUUUGGCAGUGGUGGGACUGGAACAACUGGGGGCUUUGGAUCUGGAGGUGGGUUCGGUUCAACGAACAACAAUGCUUUUGGAGCGAAACCUUCAGGAUUUGGCACUACGGCCUCUAGUGGUGGAAUGUUCGGAUCGGCUGGAACUGCUACGGCUGGAACCUCAGGAUUUGGUGGAUUUGGAUCCACAAACACUACAUCGUCGCCCUUUGGUGGUGGGAAUACUACAACUGGUGGUGGACUAUUUGGCCAGAACAAGCCAGCAUUCGGUGCUGCUGCACCAGCUUCGAAUCCUUUCGGCUCCACUGCCACAACCUCUCCCUUUGGAGGUGGAGGUACAGGAGCAUUUGGGGCGCCCCAAUCUACAGCUUUGACUGCCGCAGGUGCAGGAGAAUGUCAGGGUACAGGAAACGUUCCAUUCCAGGCUUUCGUCGAGAAGGAGCCAAACAGCAGCUCAAACCAACAGAAUGCCUUCCAGAGCAUCUGCUUCCAGCAACCAUACCAGAAGUUCUCGCCAGAGGAGCUCCGACUUGCAGACUAUGCUCAGGGUCGCAGAUAUGGCAAUUCCAAUAACCAGCCAGGAGCUUUCGGUGCAUCGAACUUUGGAGGCUUCGGCGCAACCCAACCCGCUUCAACUGGUUUCGGUGCCAGUGCAAGCACAAAUACCAAUGUCUUCGGUGGUGGAGCAGCUAGCACAGGGUUUGGCACAAGUCAACCUGCAUCAACUGGAUUUGGCAGUACUGCGACAAGUGGUGGUCUAUUCGGCGCGAAGCCAGCAACUGGCGGUCUGUUUGGAUCACAACCUGCAGCUACAAAUACUGGUGGUCUGUUUGGAUCGCAGCCUGCAGCUACGAAUACUGGUGGUGGUCUGUUUGGAGCACAACCUGCUGCGCAAAAUACAGGUGGCAGUCUCUUCGGAAACAACAAUGCUGCUGCUGCCAAGACACCCUUCAGCUUCGGGACCUCCCAGCCAGCAGCUUCAAGCACUGGCUUCGGAUCUACCACUGCGACUGGUGGCUUCGGAAGUGGUGGUCUAUUUGGCAACACGGCCACUCAACAGCCCGCUGCGACUGGGUUUGGUGCUGGUGCACAGCAGCCAGCUGCAAGCACUGGAUUUGGUGGCUUUGGCGCAACUAAUAGUCAACAACCUGGGGGUUUGUUUGGCUCCACGGCAGCUAAGCCGGCAACUAGUCUUUUCGGUUCAACACCUGCAGCUACUAACACAGGGGGUGGGCUUUUUGGAAACACCCAAGCCGCUGCCUCGAAUCCCUUUGGCGGGUCCACGAAUACCCAAGCCUCUGGCGGUCUCUUUGGAGCGAAGCCUGCCGCCACAGGUGGCGGUCUGUUUGGAAAUUCCGGUCAACAGAACAACGCAGGCGGCAGCCUCUUUGGAGGGUUCGGAAAUAACCAAAGUCAGGGCCAGCAACAGAACACUGGAGGCGGACUCUUCGGUGCGGCCAACAAUCAGCAAAAGCCUAGCGGACUGUUUGGAAGUACGUCAACUCAGCAACAAGCUGGCAAUAGCUUGUUUGGAAACCAGAACAACCAGCAACCGUCUGGAGGGUUGUUUGGCGGCUCAUUAAAUAAUCAACAGCAGCAGCCGCAGCAGCAGCCGCAAAGCACUCUCUUUGGCGGCGGAAGUUCCAUCUUCAAUCCCCAGCAGAAUCAACAGAAUGGCCAGUCACUUACAGCUAGCAUCAACGAUAACACAGCUUUCAGCGGCUCUUCAUCCAUCUUUGCUCCUUUGGCAAAUAACCAGGUCAGCAACCCAGGGCCUAUUGCUACACCUCUAUCGAGCAAUGUCAAGACCAAGAAGAGCGCUGCACUUCCAUUAUAUAAAUUGAACUCUGCUUCAACUUCACGCUUUUCAACACCCCAAAAGAGACCAGGCUUUGGGUUUUCCUACAGCAACUAUAACACACCUGGCAGCGCAUCUAGCACUUCCAGUACCCCUGGUUUCGGUGGCAGCUUGCUUGGUGCCGGUAGUUUUGGUCGAACUUUGAACAAGAGCAUGUCUACCAGCAGCCUUCGCCGAAGCUUCAACACUGAGGAUAGCAUCCUGGCACCUGGUGCGUUCUCUGCUAGUCCCAAUGCUCGGCAUUACGGAAGCACUGGCAGUGUUAAAAAGCUCACCAUCAGUCGUGGCCUUCGUCACGACCUGUUCUCGCCACCAACUCCACAAGCCCCGUCUGCUCCGCCAUCAGCCCUCAAGAAGCGUGUUUCGUUCGGCGCCGAUGUCAACGGGAACGGCAGCUCCGGUUCUGGUUCUUCUAGCCCUCUGAAGCAAGUCACCAGCAAUGAAGCUAGCUCAGACACCGCAGCCGUCGUGAAUGGAAAAAAGCAGACGGGCCCAUCCACUCCUCCUGAGAUGUCACAACUCCCGAAUAGCAACAACCAGCUGGCUAUUGUCCGAGAGGAGGAGGUUGCCCUUGUGCAAUCCAAGACACAAACUGACGAGGAGGACGAGCCAAUUCUUGGAGAAUACUGGAUGAAGCCUUCAAAGGAGGAGCUUGAGAAGUUGAACCCUUCCCAGCGCUCAAAGGUCUCAAAUUUCGUUGUUGGUCGACACAAUACUGGUGUCAUUCAUUUCGACGCACCAGUCGAUCUCAGCAACAUCAAUCUUGACGACAUCCUCGGUAAUAUUGUUGUACUCACCAUUCGAUCAGCUACGGUUUAUGCAGACGCUGCUAAAAAGCCACCCCCAGGAAAAGGCUUGAAUCAACCUUCAACCAUUACACUGGACCACUCUUGGGCGCGGAAGAAGGAUCGUAACUCUGCUAGAGGCUUACAGAAGCACAAGCAACGUCUUGCGAAAGUCGACGGCACCCACUUUCUUGAUUUCGAUAAUGAUACUGGAAUUUGGAAGUUCACUGUUGACCAUUAUACAACCUACGGAGUUCCAGACGAGGACGAGGACGACGAGAUUGAAGAUGUUAGUGAAUUUGGUCAGAGUACUCUGAGUGCUCCACCAGAUACACCUACGCCAAAGAACCGUACGCCCAAGCCAGCCCGAUUGGACGAAUCUUUCGCCUCCGACUCUCAGAUGACAUACACUGAGUCAGAUCCAGAGGAUACUUUUGAGUUCAGAAAGAAGAAGAUUCUCCCGGGUGCCUUUGACGAUCAAGAGUUGUAUGAGGAUGAAAGCAUGGACGGUGAAUAUGACGAGCAAAACCAGGAGUCUUUUUUAGAUGAGCGCUCCGUGGGUUCGCAGUCUGAAAACGGCGUCGAAGAGCCAAUGGAUCAAGACGGCGAGUAUCAGGACGACGAAUCUGUCAGUAUUGUGGAUCAGGAGAUGGCGGGCUCCUAUCCAGAUGCCGACAAUACCGCGGAGCUCGGUUCCUCGCAAGAAGGUGAAGAUGAGAGUGUGGAUGGUAUGAUGGAAACACCUGGAGCAGUUUUACGGGCCAGAAUGAGAGCAUUAAAGAGCUCGGAAACCCCUUCGAAGAACAAGUUCUCUGCUGGUGAUGACUGGGCAAACGCUUUACAGGCCACUAUUAGUCCCCAGAAGCAAGACCGAGCCUUGCUCAAGAGUUUGAUCGAUAUCCAGGGAAACGAUGGUCGACCUGACUCCGAACCAACACCAAUCCCCAAGCGGGUCAUCUCCGAUGGACGUGGCUUUGCGACCAGUAUUGAUCUAAUGAACUCUUUGUUCGGUCAGACUCGGAGCCCAGUCAAGGCCAAAGUCCCAGCAAAGCCGAAAGGUUUCGAGUGGCCAUAUGCGAAGAAAGCAAAGACGAGUGAUCACGAUAUGGCCAACAUGGACGACAGUGAACGCGCUUUCCACGACUCGAUGAAGCCUCAAUGGGGCCAUGACGGUACUUUGGUUUAUGCUGCUCCACCAAAUUCGAAACCUUUCGGAAGAUCCUCUCGUCGUGCUCGCGAGCGUGAUGGCUUACUUACGGUUCAGAAGAAAGCAGUGGUCUCAGAGCACCGAGACGUUCGCUUUGCGAAAUUCUCGGAUGAGACUUCCGCUGGUCUACUUGCGAAACAAAAAGACAUUUCAGUCAUUGAUGCUUCAAAUGGCGUUCCACAUGCCCAAUUACCCGAAAACUUUACGUUCGGUGACUUCUUUGACGAAAGCGCAGCUACGAAUCCGGCCACCGCUCACGAGAAGCUCGUAUGGCAGCUUGCAAGUAUUCUCUUUGACAACUUCACUAUUCCCGAGCAUCUCGAGCAAGUCGGUAACAUAGAGGACCGUCUCCGAAAGGAUAAAUUGUCAGCAUUCUGGCAGAAACUGGUUGAUGAUGCAGCUUCGAAAGGCGCUGCUUUGGCUAAGUCGGAUGAGGAGAAAGCCAUUGCAUGCUUGUCAGGUCACCGAGUCCCAGAUGCUUGCGGACAUCUCAUCAAUACAGGAGAUUUCCACCUCGCCACCCUGGUCGCUCUUAUUGGCAGCAAGGACUCCAUGAGAAACGACAUGCGCCAACAACUCAAUGACUGGAAGAAGACCCAGAUGCUCUCAGAAUUCAGUCAACCUGUACGUGCAAUCUACGAAAUGCUUGCAGGCAAUGUCUGCUUCUGCAGUGGAUCCAAAGACCUCAAUGAUCGUAUGGAGGCAUUCGUCAUCUCGAAGCGUUUUGGUCUCGAUUGGCGACAAGCUUUUGGGCUCAGGCUUUGGUAUGGUAUCUCAUCUAACGAUGUAAUUGAUGCCGCGGUUCAAGCUUUCGCAGACGACCUUAGCCAAGACAAGGAAUCUGCUAGACCUCAUGCUUGGUAUAUUGAGCAGAAAGUACCAGCCAUGUGGGAUGAUGUGAAUCGGGAAGAGCGGGACGAUCUCCUCUGGGGUCUUUUGAAGCUCUACACCUUCUCCGACUCGGACAUCGAAGAUGUGCUCCGCCCAGAGAAUUCUCAACUCUCUCCUCUCGACAUACGUCUCUCUUGGCAACUUAGCCGAGCCCUUAUAUCAUCUGGUCGUGCCCGAUAUGCAGACGAUGACAAUGAUAAGGCUGACCAAACAACACUGUCUUUCGCGGCGCAGCUUACCAACGAAGGUAGCUGGCUCGAUGCUAUAUUUGUUCUUCUCCAUCUCACAUCAGACGAUGCUAGAGAGAAGUCCAUUCAAGACCACCUCGCACGUCAUGCAGGACUUGUCGGUACCGAAGACAGCCAAAAUUUCGUCACAUUGACCCAAACCUUCAAGAUCCCUGCACCAUGGGUCUGGGAGGCAAAAGCACUGUACAUGCGAAGUGUCGAGAGAAACCCAAAUGGGGAAGUCGAGUGCCUGAUCAAAGCUGGGUCCUUCAACGAAGCACAUCGCACCUUCGCCAGAGAAGUGGCCCCCAAGGCUGUUGUCGAGCUUGACUACGACACCCUCAGGACACUACUCUCCGGGUUUCAAGGCAAGGAGGGUACGAUCGCCGAAUGGCAUUUGGGCGGAGAGAUAUACCAGGAUUUCUUGGAACUUCUUCACAACGACAAGAAAGGACAUCCUAUCGACGAUCUUGUUCUUGAGCGACUUUUGUCUGGCCUCCCAGCAGUUGUUCAGGAUUCUCGUCACCCGAGCUUCAUGGAGACGGUGGCUAUUGAGACGAUCAGUGGUGUGGUUGCCAAGACUGUGAUUGUUAUGGGCAAGAAGGGCGAGAAGUCCAAUCUUCACAAAAUCUUGAGACUUCCACUUACCGAGGACCGAUAUUUGAAGCAUACCGUGGAGUUGAGUCUCGAAUAUUACAGAGGCGUGAUGGCCAACGCGAGAUAA